AUGAUUAGUUGCUAUCGGCAGCUGCAUGGCAUACAUUUUCACCAAAACAUUUCCUUGUGUUUUUAUUUUCUCACCCUGCAUACAAAGCACUUGCUUCUAUACAAAUACAUUUAUUCCACACUAACUAACACGCACACACGUUUCUCAAGCCAUGCGCCGGCCACGCUGUCUUGCACCGUUUCUCCCACUGGCGCUGCUCCUGCUGUUGUUGGCGAUGCACUGCGCCGGUGGGUGCCGCGCAAGGGACAGGGCGCAAUGCGGGCGUACACCGCCGCCAC